AUGGACAAAAAUAAGGACCGUAACGAUCUGCUUGCUGCUGGACGUAAAAAGCUUCAACAGUUCAGGCAGAAGAAGGAUAAUAAAGGGAAUAUGAGCAAAUCAUCAGGCAAAGCUUUUAAUUCUGGGCGUGAUGCAAGUGCAAAUGCUGCCAAUAAAGCAGUGGCAAAACCGAAAGAAGUUGCAGGUGGAGAAAGAUCUGGGCAGGAUGCUGAAGAUCAUAUUCCUUUGUCGGAAUCACAUUCUAGAGCGAAUUCAAUGGAAAUUGAUACCGUUUCUGCCACUGAUGAUCUGUCAACAAAAGCUGUUAUAGUUGGAACCACAGAGUUGGCUGCAGGGAAUGUCAAGUUUCCAUUAGAGGAUUCCGGAGGUGCUGAGACCAGGUUGAAUGAAAGUGAUGGACGUGAUGAUGUUGAUUUGUCUAUCUCAGAUGGAGGUAGAUAUACUUCUAUACUUCCUGAGGACAUGGAACAUAAUAUGUCAGGAACUUUAGAUGUAGUUGUUCCCGAAGAGGAAUCUACAGAAUCCAGUUUAUCUUUGCCCAUUGGUGUUUCAUCCCAACCGGAGAAGAAGCAUGGGGAAGAGCAGGUAACAGAUGUAGGGGCUGUGCAGGAAGUUGGCACUUCAGGUGGGAUUCAAGCUGAUGCUGGCAGGGUGAUGCAGCUUGAAGAAGAAUCUAGACUUUCUUCAAAUGAGUUUGAUGAGAGUGCAGGAGUCCCUAUGAUGUCUGAUUCAGGGAGUGCCGAAGUGGCUGAGGUAACAAUCCAGGUGGAUGCACAACGAGAGCCUGAUGAUGCUUCAUCAUCCGUUGUUGCUAUCAAUGAUACUGGCGAUGCUCAGGGGAGGGAUAGCACAAAACCUUUGCCUGAUUCAGAGGGAAUCUCACAUGUAAAUUCUGAGGCGGCUGGUCUGCAGAGAGAAGACUUAUUAUCUGACUCAUCGUAUAUAGAGAAGACAGAAAUGGUUUCUGUGUCGGGUGAUUAUGCUGAAGACACUUAUGUAAAUUUUGGCGAUACUAAUGCUGAAAGAUCUUCUGAGUUCAAUACUAAUGGUGCUGGGAAGUCCUUUGGACAGAAGGUGGAUCUGUCUUCUGGAUCAGAUGGAAGUUUGAUCAACCUUUCCCAGUUAGCAAAAGUAUUACAAAGCCUUGAUGAAGAUGAAUUUAGGUUCUUGUUCAUGUCAAGAGAGUUAUCUGCGGAAACAUUAAGAAAUACAGACAACAUGAAGGUGCAUGAGUAUGUUGUUUAUGAUGCUUUUGAGCAGAUCAAAGAACAUUUAUAUCUGACAAGUUUUGCAAGAGAUGUAUUUUGCUUACAGAUCUCUGAACAUCAACAGUUGGCUGGUGAGAAAUCGAUGUCCAAUACUUCACUCAGUGAAGUUCAAGGGAAAAAUGAAGUGCUUACCGAAGAACUUGCACAAUGUAGGUCUGAACUUCAGGAGGUUGUUUCCGGGAGAGAGGAGCUCCAAAAGCUGCUUUACUUAUCAAUAUCCGAGGUUGUAGAACUUUCUGCCAAAGUCAAUGAGUUGCAGAAUAACCUUGAAACAACUCAAGGAGACUUGUCAAGCCUGGCAUCAAAGUUACUGGAUUGCAGGAAUCUGGUGGCAGCUUUACAGAUUGAAAAUGAAAACUUAAAUGAAAGUUCUAAACAGAUGACCAAGGAGAAUAAGAAACUUCAAGAGGAGAACGAACACAUUGUGCGUGAGAAUGAGAAAAUGACAAGAGAGUUAGCUCAGUGCCAAACUUCUUUGCAGUUGCUUCAAUUGGAAAAUAUUGACUUAACUGAGAAUCUGACUUCACUGAGAGAAGAGAGGAGAAAGCUUGAGGAUGACAAGGAAUUCGUUGUUCAUGAUAAUGAUGAAUUGCUUGCAGACUUGUCCAAUUAUAAGAGGAUGGUUGAAGCUCUUCAAACGGAAAACAAGAAUUUGAAUGAUGUCCUCCAAUCAGAACGAGAAAAGCGAAAGGUGCUUGAAGAGGGAAGCGAAUUUAAGCUGCAAGACAACGAGAAACAAUCAAAAGAGUUGAUGGACAGCAAAGAUUUGGUGGCAGCUCUACAGGCUGAGAUCUCCCACUUAAAUGGGGUUCUCACUUCCAUAACAGAGGAUAAAAACAAGCUUGAAGAAAAGAAGGAAAUAAAAUUCAGUGAAAAUGAGAACCAACCAAACGAGUAUUCAGAAAUCCAUACAUCAUUAUCUAGUCUGCAGGCAGAGGGCAGUAAGGCAGUUGAUGAUGAUUCUUCCCCACUUAAAGGGAGUAGAGAGAGUGAAAUUCUGAUAUCGGAGAAGACUGCAUCUGAAUGCCAUGCAGAUAGAUCAUCUCUGGAGGGACUGAAAUUGGAGACAUAUGAUGAUUCUUUUGGGUUUGUUGCACUGAAAAGACACUUGGAGGAUGCAGAGAGUGUAAUGCAAAAACUUGAAAAGGCAAUUGAAGGAAUGCACGAACACUCAACUUCCCUGAGUAGGUUGAGUGGAAAAGUAGUUGGAUCUGGAGUAUCAAAACUUAUUCAAGCCUUUGAGUCAAAAAGUCACACAGAUGAUGAUGAUUCAGAGGAACCUCGUUCUUCUGAAGACCAAACAACAGGAGAUCUAUAUGUUAUAGCCAAACGGGUAACUCAGAAUCUGAGAGCACUGCUCAAGGAGUUAAUUCUGGAUGGUGAUAAUGCCAGCGAGUUCUGUAGAAGGAUGAAGGAGACUAAACUGCUUGCUGCUGCGGAUGCUGUAGAGUUGAGGAGUGACUACGAAUCUCUGAGGGAGCACAGUGAUCAUCUAGAAGAAGCAAACAUAGAGCUUAUGGUUCUCUAUGAAGCUACAAGGGAGCAUGUACAUAACGCUGUUUCAAGAGAUGGUGAGCUUCUUAUUUUACGUGAUGCCUUGUGGAAACAAGAGCUCUCUCUGAAAUCAGAGAAUAAUGAGCUCCGAGAAAAGCUGGGUGAAUUUCAAGCCAAAAUUAGUGAAUUAGAGAGUCAAUUUGAUGAAACAUGUCAAAAUUCAAAUGAGAUGGUUGCUUCAAUCACCAAUCAAGUGAAAACUCUCCAGAAAGAAGUAGCUAAAUGGGAAUCAAUACUGGAAGAAGAAUGGAAUUCUAGCGUUGCUCGGAUUCUUCAGGAAGUUGGUAAGCUGGAUGCUAGCAUCGAUCCAUUUGGUUCCUCCACCUCAUUAGCAGGUGUAGAUAACAGCCUGGAUGUUGUUAGCCGUGUUUCUAUUUCUGUUAAUGCUACCAACAAAUUGAUUUUAGGUCUGCGAGGUCAACUUGAAGCUUUGCACAAUGAUCAUCAAGCACUGUGGAACGCCUACAACGAUAAACAUGAGAAAUGUAAUACUCUGCAAGAAAAGAAUGAAAUGAUUACCAAUAUAUUGCACAGACUUGAUGAUGACCUCUGCAAACUUGUUGGUGAAGCAGCUGGGUGCAAGGACGAAACAGAAACUGUCUGGUCAAGACAUGACUCUCUAGAUCUAUUACAUCCUGGCGUUUUUUAUACCCACUUGGAGAAACUGAACACAUUUCUUGGUGAGAGGAUACAGCUUCAGUAUGCACAUAAUGAACUCAAUGCAGAGUUGAUGAACAGAGCUAGAGAUAUUGAUGAACUGGAGAAAAGAUGUCUUAGUUCAGAUGCCAUUUUGACGUUAGUUGAAGAUAUUGAACAAUCAGUCAGGCUGGUGGGGAUGGAAGUUUCCUCAAAUGAACCUUCCUCACGCCUAGAGUCUCUCAUACAUUUACUAAUUAAGAGAUAUAAGGAGGCUGCUGGGAGUUUAAGCAUGUCAAGAGAGGAGGCUGCUUCUUGGGAAACGGAAUUAAGUGAUUUGCAGGCACAAAUUGAACAAUUGAAUAUCAUUAUUGUUCAAUAUGAAAAUGAAAAUCUUGUUUUCAUGCAAAGUUUGAAAAGUGCCGAAGAGGAUGUAGUUACUCUUACUUUCAAACUACAAGAGAAAGCUGCUGAACUUGACCAGUCAGAUCAACGAGUGUCAUCCCUUAGAGAGAAGCUAAGUAUAGCUGUUACAAAGGGGAAGGGUCUGAUUUCACAGCGUGAUAGUCUCAAACAAUCCCUAGCAGAGACAUCCAAAGAGCUGGAGAAACGUUCUCAAGAGUUGCUAAUGAAAGGCGCUAGGCUUAAUGAACUUGAAACAAAACUUAAGGCCUAUUCUGAGGCUGGUGAACGCAUGGAAGCUCUGGAAUCUGAGCUCUCAUAUAUUCGCAACUCAGCUACUGCAUUAAGAGAAUCGUUUCUUCUUAAAGAUUCCGUUCUUCAGAGAAUAGAAGAGAUUCUAGAAGAUCUAGAGCUGCCCGAGGACUUCCAUUCCAGGGAUAUCAUUGAAAAGAUUGAUUGGUUAGCAAAAUCUGUUACAGGGAACUCUUUGCCUCUUCCCGAUUGGGAUCCGAGAAGCUCAGUGGGAGGAGGAUCAUACUCUGAUGCUGGGUUUGUAGAUGUGGAUGGCUUAAAGGAAGACACGCAGCCAAAUCCAAAUUCCACUGAUGACUUAAGAAGAAGAAUUGAGGAAUUGCAGAGCAAUUUUUUUGGGUUGGCCGAGCAAAAUGAGAUGCUUGAACAAUCAUUAAUUGAGAGGAACAAUCUCGUGCAGCGGUGGGAAGAAAUUUUGGACAGAGUAGAUAUGCCUUCUCAGUUGCGGUCCAUGGAACCUGAUGAUAAGAUUCAGUGGUUGGCAAGUGCAUUAGCAGAGGCUCAGAACCAGCGUUAUUCCCUUGAGCAGAAGAUUGAAAACCUUGAAACAUCUCGUGAGUCCCUAACCACUGACCUGGAGGAUACACAAAGAAGAAUAUUUGAGCUAGAUUCAGCUUUUCUGCAGGCUAGCAGAGAGAAAGAAAUUCUCACAAGGGACGUGGAGAUUCUUACUCAUGAGUAUGAUGAAAUCUCAAAGAAAGCCGCUGGUUUUGAAAUAAACAAUGGGAACCUUAAUAAUGAACUAAGUUUGUUGCAAGAGAAACUGGAACAGAAGCUCGGGGUUGAAGAAGAUAUUCGCCUUGUUGAGGAUGCUAUAAGCAGACUGCAGGGUUUGGUUAAGGAUGUUCUUAAGGAUUCUGGUACGGAUGAUGCGGUAUUUGUUCAUGAUGGUACUGAAUAUUUAGAAGCAAUGGUGAUGAAGCUUAUAUCAGCUUUUCAGCAGGCUAUCAGAGAGAGAGAAAUUUUUUCAAGGGACUUGGAGAUCCUUAAUCAUGAUUAUGAUGAAAUCUCAAAGAAAGCUGCUGAUUUUGAAAUAAACAAUGGAAACCUUAGUAGUGAAAUAAGAUUGUUGCAAAAGAAAUUGGAACAGAAGCUUGGCGUUGAAGAAGAUAUUCGUCUUGUUGAGUCUACUGUAAGAAGACUCUGUGGUUUGGUUAAGGAUGUUCUUCAGGAUUCUGGUACGGAUGAUAUGGUAUUUGUUCAUGACGGUAAUGAGUAUUUCGAAGCACUGGUGAUGAAGCUUAUAGAAAGAUAUAAAACACUUUCCUCAGGGAAACCUAUUAACAGUGAUGUGGCUGAUUCGCGCAAUAGUGAAAAAGAUGAGCCAUCUCAAAUUCCAAGAAAUGCUGAUGAGCAAGAUGUAGUGAUUCUGAGCAAAAAACUGGAGGAUUGUAUGGGUGAAUUGAUAUGUUUGAAGCAGCAGAAAGAUGAAUGUCUGCAGAAUAAUCAAUCCUUAGUUUGUGAUCUUGAAGCACUAGAAAUAAAAAAGAAUGAACUGCAAGAGCUACUUAAUCAGGAGGAACAUAAGUCAUCUUCUUUGAGAGAGAAGCUAAAUGUUGCUGUUCGGAAAGGGAAGUCCUUGGUGCAACAGCGGGAUGGCAUGAAGAAAGUGAUUGAAGAGCUAACCGCUGAGGUAGAGCACCUCAAAUCUGAGAUCAAUCUUAACAAAAAUGCUAUUCUCAAGUAUGAGCAAAGGAUCAAGGACUUAUCAGUGAGCCAAGAAAGGGUGCAAGGUUUAGAAACUGAGAAUAUGUUCCUUAAUGAUCAUGUGGCAGAAGCCGAACGCCAUUUGCAGGAGAAGGAGAGUAGCUUGAGCAUGAUUUUAGACACUUUGGGUGAUAUUGAAGUUGGUCUUGCACGUAAUUUUGGCAAUCCAGUUGAGAAGCUGAAAGAAAUUGGGAAACAUUGCCAUGGUCUCCAAAUGGCCCUGGAAUCUACUGAACAAGAAUCAAGGAAAUCAAAAAGAGCAGCUGAGUUACUGGUGGCAGAGUUGAAUGAAGUUCAAGAAAGAAACGAUAUCCUUCAAGGGGAGCUAGCAAAAACUUCCAAUGAGCUUUCCAAACUUUCUAAUGAAAAGGAUUUAGCUGAAGCAGCCAAACAUGAAGCUAUAGCUCGUAUGGAAAAACUGUCUGCUAUUCAUGCUGAGGAAAAGGAUAGACAGUUGUCUGAAGUCACGGUGUUAAAAUCCGUCAUGGAUCAAUUGAGGGAGGAGCUUAUUGCUAUUGACAAUGUACUGGGGGAUGUUCUCUCCAAGGACUUGGAAGUUUUGCGGAAUAUGGAGGUCAGUAUGAAAUCAUUCCUGGAACUAGGUGAUGCACCUGAUGUGAAUGCUCUAUUUCCUGGUAGUUCCCGUGGUGGCAUCAUUUCAACAAAACCAGAAAACAAGGUUUUUAUGCCAGAACUUUGUUCUCUCAAGGAGCGAUUGUACAAUCAUCAGCUUUUGUUACACAAAGAAACUCACCAUUUAUCUGAAGUAGCAAGGAUUGUUCAUACUGAAAUUUAUUCUCAGAAACAAUCACUUGAGUCUAUGAAGAGAAGUGUUGAACAGCUAGAGUCCGUUGAGAGAGAGAGACGUUCCGACUUAUUUACUAUGCGUAGAAACAUUUCCUUGAUUUAUGAAGCCUGCAACAGUGCAAUCCUGGAAAUUGAAAAUUUGAAGACCCAUCUGGUUGGAAAUGAUUUGCCCUCUGGAGCACUGGAGUGGAAGUUGAAGUAUCCAAUAUCUGUUGAUGGAGGGGGUGAUCUUACUGGUGAUGCUGAUGCCUUUACCGAGGAAGGCAUCAGGACCAUGCGAGACAAAUUAUUAUUGGUUGUGAAGGAUUUCAUAAGAAUGCAAGCUGCUAUUCUGGAAGUUAAACAGAAGGAGAUGAAGGAUACAAUAUUCAAUUUACAGAAAGAGCUUCAGGAAAAGGACAUCGAGAGAGACAGAAUUUGUAUGGAGCUUGUUAAUCAGAUAAAGGAAGCUGAAUCUAAGGCAAGGAAUCAUUUGAAAGACCUACAGUCUGUGAGGGCUCAGCUAGAUGAUUUACAGAAACAGGUGGAUGUGAAGGAAGUGGAGCACAGGGAAUUGGAACACCGAAUGCAAGAAUUACUAGAUCAGGAAGUCACAUCUGAGGACUUGCAGCAGAAAGUUAAAUCUCUAACAGAUGCGCUAGCUGCGAAAGAACAAGAAACUGAAUCACUGAUGCAAGCACUUGAUGAGGAGGAGGCUCAAAUGGAGGACCUGACAAACAGGAUUGGCAAUCUAGAAAGAGAAUUGCAACAGAAGAAUGAACAUUUAGAAAACCUUGAAGUUUCUCGUGGGAAGGCUUUGAAGAAGCUUUCUGUCACAGUGAGCAAGUUUGAUGAACUUCAUUAUCUGUCUGAAAAUCUCCUUUCAGCAGUUGAGAAGCUUCAGUCACAAUUGCAAGAGCGGGAUAGAGAAAUAUCUUUCCUUAGGCAAGAGGUUACAAGGUGCACGAAUGAUGCACUAGCUGCAACCCAGAUGAGCAAGAAAAGGAGCUCUGAUGAAAUUCAUGAUUUUCUGACAUGGUUAGAUACACUGAUUUCUCGGGUGCAGGUGAAUGAUCUAGCUUCUGAUAGUAUGAAAGUUGAUAAGGUUAAUGAAUAUAAAGAGAAGCUACAAAAGCAGAUCGUGGCUUUUGUAUCUGAAUUGGAGAAUCUUCGUGUGGUGGCCCAGAACAGUGAUAAGCUAUUGCAAGAGGCAAGGGGAAAAGUGGAAGAGUUGACACGAAAAGAACAAUAUCUUAAGGAUUCUUUGCAUGAAAAGGAUUCUCAAUUAACUAUGCUUCAAGGUGCUGGAGAUUCUGGACAAGCUCCAAGUGCUCCCUCAGAUAUCAUGGAAGUUGAACAAGUGACAAACGAAUGGACAACUCCUACAAUAGCAUCGCAAGUUCGCAGUUUGCGGAAAACCAAUAGUGAUCAGGUUGCCGUUGCAAUAGAUAUUGAUCCCAGUAGUGACAGGUUGGAGGAGGAUGGCGAUGAUAAAGCUCAUGGGUUCAAGUCACUCACUACAUCAAGACUUGUUCCACAAUUUACGCGACCGGUAACCAAUAUGAUUGAUGGUUUGUGGAUGUCAUGUGAUCGGGCACUAAUGCGACAACCUGCUCUGCGACUUAGUUUUGAGAACCUGAUCAAGCGUUCACCUUUUGGGGGAAAAUGUCCUGAUGCAAGGUAG